AUGUACUAUAUCGUUGUUUUGGUUUCUAUAUUUUGCGCUGGGGAGAUAGUGGCAAUGAGACGUGAGUAUUUCAUUGCAAUGGAAGAAAUAGUUUGGAAUUACAACGGUCCUGAGAGCAGCCGAUUUUUUAGGCGUCGUGGACCGGCCAGGAUAGGAGGAGAAUAUAGAAAAGCAGUUUUUCGUCAAUACACUGAUUCAACCUUCAGCACUCGAAGUCCGAGACCGGAGUCAUUGGGAUUGUUUGGUCCUAUUAUUAGAGCUGAGGUGAAAGACACGAUCGUUGUUUAUGCUUUCAACCGGGCCACCCGACCAUAUAGUAUUCAUCCACAUGGCGUUUUUUACGAGAAAUCCAGUGAGGGAGCGUUGUACUCGGACAACACAACAUCUUCAGAUAAAGUCGAUGACACAAUUCCACCCGGAGGAAAACAUAAAUAUAUCUGGGAAGUUAGAGACGAAUAUGCCCCAGGAAAAGAGGAUCCAAACUGCUUAACGUGGGCUUAUCAUUCUCAUGUUCACUCGUCACGAGACCAACACACUGGCUUAAUCGGAACUCUCCUCACGUGCAAAGAAGGAACAUUGACAUCCACGGGACAUCGUACUGAUGUAGAUCGUGAAUUUGCAAUUAUUGUCUUCGUCAUUGACGAAACUGAAAGUUGGUACAUUGACGAAAAUAUUAAGACCUACACUCUGCAGCCAGAAACUGUAGAUAAAAAAGAUCCAGAUUUCAUUGAAAGCAAUGUAUUUCACGCUAUGAAUGGAUUAAUCUUUUUAAGUCUAUCGGCUGAAAUGUGCAAAGGGGAUUUGGUGAACUGGUAUACCAUUGGAAUGGGUUCAGAAAUGCAUGGGAUGCAAUUUACUGGAAAUUCCGGAAUUAUUAAUGGACAUCGCGGAGACGCUGUGGCUCUGUUUCCGGCAACAUUCGCAACUGUAAUUAUGAGAGCUGACAAUCCAGGAAGAUGGAUUUUCGGAUGUCACGUGACAAACCAUGUGGCUGGCGGAAUGGCAAUGUUUUACACUGUGCAUGAUACCUGUAAACCAACGCUGGGGGCAGAAUUCGGGAAAGGUUUAGAAAGUGUAGGCGACACCAUACGAACAUAUUAUGUUGCAGCAGAAGAAGUGGAAUGGAAUUAUGCACCAACUGGAAUGAACAUAUUAACACAAAAACCGAUUGCAGAAGAGGGACAGGAAAGUCAUGAAUAUUUCAAAAAAGGUCCAGAUAGAAUAGGAGGAAUCUAUAUCAAGGCGGUUUAUAAAGAAUACACUGAUGAUACAUUUCAAGUAGAGGUGGAACGUGAUCCUGUAAUGGGAAUCCUUGGUCCUGUUAUUUAUGCCGAAGUUGGAGAAACAAUAAAUGUUGUAUUUAAGAACAAAGCUAAUCGGACCUAUGAGAUGGAUCCUCAUGGAGUCUUCUCAUUUAGAAAACAGACAGUAAAGCCGGGAGAGAAUUACACUUAUGUGUGGCCUGUACCAGGCAGAGUUUCUCCUCUCGAAAAAGAUGACAACUGUAUUACACAUAUGUAUACGUCAUUAGCCAGUAUCAAUCUUGACCAACAUACCGGACUGGUUGGCCCCAUCGUGAUUUGCAAAAGAGGGACGUUAGCAGAUGAAAUGAAGAAAACAGUUUACUACAUGUUGUUGGCAACGUAUGACGAAAACGAAAGUCCGUAUCUUCAACAAAGUAUUGAUAAAUUUGCCGGAGAUCCUUCGUCGAUUGAUAAAGAUGAUGAAGAUUUCAAGGAAUCAAAUAGAAUGCAAUCAAUUAAUGGGUUGGCGUUCGCAAAUCUACUUGGCGUGCAGUUGUGCGCUGAACAAUAUACCGAUAUUCGUUUAUUAUCUCUGGGUUCUGAACUGAAUAAUCAUGCCUUCAUAUUAGACGGAACUGCAAGGAAAACGAGAACCGAGUACACUGGCAUGACUGGAGUUUUCCCCCAUGUUAUCAGCACGACGAGUGUAUACCCAUUUGCGCCCGGUGUAUCAGUGUAUGGUUGUCACGUAUCAAACCAUGGAACCAAUGGGAUGGUCUCUUUUUAUGAGUCAAAAUACUGCAGUGACCCGAAGCCAGAAUUUCAGCCUUCUGGUAAACGAACAAUUUAUCUCGGCAUUGUUGAAGAAGUUUGGGAUUAUCUUCCUCGUAGAUUCGAUCAUAAAGGAAAUUCUGUUGAUGAUCCAGAACAUCUCGCUUAUUUAUAUGUUCACCAGGAGAAUGGAAAAUACAUAGGAUCAAGGUAUAAAAAAGCUAUAUUUUAUGAAUAUACCGAUGACUCCUUCACUGUUCGAAAACCAAAGCCAAAGCAUCUUGGAUUCGACGGACCCAUUUUAAAAAUGGAAAUCGGUGACGAAGUGAAGGUUGUUUUCAAAAAUAUGGCAACGAUUAAGUUCAAUGUGCUACCAAUCGGUGUGUAUUACGUCGGAAUUAUGCAAGGUCCCGUACCAACCGCCGAACCAGGAAAAACCGUGACCUACACUUGGCAGGUAAGACCGGAGUUUGCUCCGAAUCCGGAUCAACCUGAUUGUUUCGCCAGUGCCUAUUAUUCUAUCGCUGAUUUCAGAAGAGAUGUCUACAGUGGGGCUAGAGGACCCAUGGUCAUAUGUAGGCGAGGGACAUUAAACCAAAAGAAAGGAGGAAUGGCAGAUAAAGAGUUCUCUUUAUUAUUUUACAUUACUGAUGAAAAUUUGAGUCAUUAUAUUGAUGAGAAUAUUCGUGAUUUUGCAAAAGCUGAUCCAGAAAUAUUUAAUAAAAUAGAUAAAUCUUUUGUGGAAAGUAACAGAAUGAAUCAUAUCAAUGGAUUCCUCUAUCAUGUUCCCGAAUUGAAUAUGGAGAGAGGGGAACUGGUAAGAUGGCAUUUGUUUGCAGAAGGAGAAGAAGACAUUCAUGCUGUUCAUUUCCACGCUAACGCAUUUGUACACCAAUCCAGCUCCGAAAACAAAGGAGAUGUGUUUGAUUUAUAUACUGGGCGGCAUUCUACACUCUUAAUGCGACCGGAUGCUGUUGGUGAAUGGCUUCUACAUUGUCAUGUUAAUACUCACGUAGAUAUUGGAAUGGUUACAACAUACACUGUUCAAGACCAGACAGCUCUUUGCAAGCCGAUAUGCAUUUCAUAUAUAUGUACUUCCAAAACGCAUAUCGAUUGCUCUCUGCUCGGCAUUGGCGAAAGAAUGCAUUUAUUGAACAACAAGUAUCAAGUGAAAGUUCAAUUAAAAGAAGGCGUUAUUUUUGUACCCGCAUCCAGUAUUACUCAGUUAGACUUGAGUCACAACCCGUCUCUCGGUAACGUUGAAAUAUUGAAAAAGACUUUAUCGAAAUUUCCAUUACUUCAUACUCUUUGGCUCAACAACGUAAACAUGAUGAACCUACCGGGUGAUCUCUUCGAUGGAAAUAAACUUCUGAAAGUAGUGCAUCUUCAAAACAAUCAUAUACAAUACUUACCACGUUAUGGCCGCCCCACAGGAUCUAUUGAAGUGUUGGAUCUCAGACAUAACAAAUUAAAAUCAGUAUCACCAAAUGUGCUUGUAGGACGAGGUAGACGAUUGAAAAGAUUAGAUUUGCGCGGAAACAACGAUCUCACCCCCAGAUGUCUGAAUGACCUCCACGUAGACUGGCGCACGAUGAAAUUCUGUGUCGCUAGUGAUAAAUUUGAAGGGAUUCUAAAAUUUAUGUAA